AUGGGACUUUUGCUAGAUAAAUCACUUGAAGAGGCUUCUGAAAUUUUGGAUAGGAUUACAAGCAAUGGUUAUCGAUUCCCCUCUUCAAAGCUUGGAACUGGAAGGAAGGCACCUGGGACAUAUGAGUUUGAUACUAAGGACUCAGAAAUUAUCACCAAGAAGAGGAAAGUUGAGAAGUAUGAAACAGUUGGCACAACAAAAGAAUUUUGCUUAGUAUUGAGUAAGCUGACACCAAAGCAAAAAGAUUUGGGCAACUUUAUUAUUCCAUGUUGGGAAGACAACUAUGUUGGGAAGACACUUUGUGACAUUGUCUCAAGUGUGAACUUAAAGCCCCAGUCAAUAUUUUUUAAGCUUGGGAUGGGAAAUGCAAGACCUACCUCUGUUAUUUUGCAACUAGUCGACCGUUCCCUUGUUCGUCCUGAAGAGAGAGUCGAAGAUUUCAUUGUGCAGGUGGAAAAAUUUGUGUUCCAAGUGGACUUCCUUAUACUUGAUUGCGAGGUUGAUACUAAUGCACCCAUAAUUUUGGGGAGGCCUUUCCUAGCCACCAGUCGCAUCCUCAUUGAUUGUGAAAAAGAUUAUGAGAGGCUCAUUGAAGAACAAAGCAUCGAGAAGCCCGAUGAAUUUCCAUUAAAAGUGGAUCGGUCUAGCUUACUCACAGUAAGACCAGGUAUGCACUUUGAACCUUUUGGCUUUGAUAAAUUUGUUCCUCCUAAGCCCCCAUUCCAGCAUGCACCUAUCGUAGAGCUAAAGACUUUGCCAAAGCAUCUUAAAUAUGCUUACUUAGGUGGUGAUGAAAUUUUACCUGUGAUUAUCUCCUCUAACCUUACUUUUGACCAGGAACAUAGUUUGCUAAGUGUUUUGUAG